GCGAGCUGGCCGAGUCGUUUGUCUCCCGUGCCCGCCGCGGAGGAGAAGCUCCGGUCCCUUCCCCCGGCCUCCCCGCCGUGGCCAUGGAUCCAGACCCCGCCGACGAGAACCCCCUCGCCGCCCUCUCUCUCCGCGGCUCCGACCUGCCCGCGCACUUCGCUGCCGGCCACGAGAUCGACGAGGAGGACGAGGACGAUGGAUAUGCGACGGCCGCCCCGCGGAGGGAGGGGCUCGACGAAGGGGACGGAGACGCCGGCCCGACCAGCCCCAGAAGCAGCGGCUACGCCGGCGAGCGGGGCAGCAGCCUCGCCUCCAGCACCGGCGCCGGCGGCAUCGAGGAGCCCGACGCCUCCCCGCCCCUCGGCCCCGGCGCCGAGGACUGGGCGCAGGGCAAGAAGCACGCCGACGAGGACGAUGGUUCAGCUUCAUGGCGGAAGAGGAAAAAACAUUUCUUCAUCUUGAGCAAUUCUGGCAAGCCAAUAUACUCUAGGUAUGGAGAUGAGCACAAGUUAGCUGGGUUUUCUGCUACAUUGCAGGCGAUUGUUUCUUUUGUUGAGAACAGUGCUGACCAUAUCAAAUUUGUGAGAGCCGGAAAACAUCAGAUAGUUUUCCUUGUCAAAGGUCCUAUAUAUUUAGUUUGUAUAAGCUCCACCGAAGAGUCAUUUGAAGGAUUGAGGGGACAACUAGAGCUCAUGUAUGGUCAGGUGUUGCUUAUUUUGACAAAGUCGGUCAACAGGUGCUUUGAGAAGAAUCCCAAAUUUGAUAUGGCACCACUUUUAGGUGGCACAGAUGUGGUUUUCCGAUCUCUUAUACAUGCGUGCAGCUGGAAUCCUGCUACAUUUCUUCAUGCAUACACAUGCCUUCCCCUCGCCCAAGCAACAAGACAGGCUGCUAGCGCAGCUUUGCAGGACAUUGCUGAUUCAGGAGUUCUAUUUGCACUAUUGAUGUGUGAUCACAAGGUUAUUAGUCUUGUGGGAUUGCAAAAUGCAACUUUGCAUCCUGAUGAUAUAUUACUACUUGCAAAUUUCAUAUUGUCCUCCGAAUCUUUUAGGACUUCGGAGUCUUUUUCACCCAUAUGCUUGCCAAGAUACAGUCCUAUGGCCUACCUAUACGCUUAUGUUCAUUUUUUUGAUGAAAAUACUUACUUGACUCUUCUUACUCCGAGAUCAGAUGCCUUCUAUGAUUUGAAAGAUUCAAGGGCCCGUAUUCAGGAUGUUCUAUUGAAAUCGAAUGUCCUUCUUGAAGUACAAAGGUCUUUACAUGAAAAUGUACUUCGUGUUGAAGAUGUCCCUAUUGAUCUUUCUUCUCAAUUUACAUCAGCUCCUGCACAGUCUUCUCAAGGCCUAAAUUCUCAACCGUUGUCUUCUGAUGAGGCAAUUGGUGGACCAGCUGGGCUGUGGCAUUUUAUAUACAAAAGUGUUUAUCUUGACCAGUAUGUAUCAUCUGAGUUUGCCUUGCCUAUAAGAAAUCCAAAGCAACAGAAGAGAUUGUACAAGGCUUAUCAAAAGGUUUAUGCUUCCAUGCAUGAUAAAGCAACUGGUCCACACAGAACUCAAUUCAGAAAAGAUGAGGAUUAUGUUAUGUUUAGUUGGAUAACCCAGGAUUUUGAGCUGUAUGCAGCCUUCAGUCCACUGGCUGACAAGACCCAAGCCAUCAGGAUAUGCAACAGAGUAUGCCAGUGGAUCAUGGAUCUCCAAGACCGAGUGUUCAUACACGGAGAAAGCACCAUUGCCUGGCAAUACCAUCACUGUUGGGGAGAUGUAUGAGGUUUCACUCUCUCUUUAACACUAUUACAAAUGUAAAUGUGCCCCCUUUUUUAUUCUUGAUCAUUGUUCAGGCCAAGUUAAGGCCGUUUUUGUCUCUCUCUAACAUUAUUCAUGAUCAUGGGCGAUCUUGUCGAUGCUGCGAUCC